AUGGGGUAUAGCUACUAUCCGGUUCCAGCCCCGACACCGCCAAGUUUUGUGGCUUCGCAUGCAUCGUACUCCGGCUUCCUCUCGCUGCAAGAUACAGCAAGAAUCCACCUCGCCUGCGCGGGCCGCGGCCUAUUUGAUGCUUUCCGAUGGGACAUUGUCUUCCGGCUUGUUGCCAGCGACCCGGAGAUCCGCACGAACGUGCUCAAGUCUCUUCUCCUUAAUACGUUCUCGCUUGCAUUUAUCUAUGCGCUUGACCUACUCCUCUUCCCGCUUACAUCCCAAGGCGAGCGCUGGCUCCAUCGUAACGUUGGUUGGGCGUACCAGGUGCUUUGGCUGCUUCCCGUUGUGGGAGUGUCGCUAUAUCUGAAUAGUACCUGGUGCACCCUCAUUGCCAAUCGAGCCUUCACCCUCCAACACGGUCCCCGCGCGGGCGCCUCCCCACCCGCGAGCUACGCCGGGCUACUCAACGCGCUCACAAAGUCCGCAUACAGCGGGACCAUGGUCCUCUCCUCUCUUCUCGUCUCCUUCGCGCUCGGCCGUGUCCCGCGUGCAGGUCCCAUUGCCGCCUUUGUGUUCCUGUGCUGGGUCGAUGCGCAUGUGUGGAUCGUGAGGGGCUUAUCGCUCUCGCAACGAGUGAGGCACCUGGAGGAGCGAUGGGCGUAUUACUUUGCUUUCGGCCUGCCAUCUGCCGCACUUUGCAUGUGGGGCAGCAGCCUCGCCAAUGCCGCGCUCUUCGCCCUCGUCUUUCCCGUCUACAUCAUUAUGGCAAUGCACGCUCACCCUGUCCCACUCGACCCAUACAACCCCACGCUAUCCUCCCUCUCCCUCUCUGCAGACGACGCUGAGACCCGUUACCCGCAUCCGCGCGUCCCCGUCCGCCUGCCCAUCUUCGCGCCCGUGCUGCGGCUCAACGACUUGUUCGUGCGUGCGUCGAGCUGGACGGGGAGCAGUCCGCCACCUGGGUUCUCUUCCGGUACGAGUGGGUAUGGAUACGGGUAUAACUUCGGACGUUGGGAGUCAGAGCAGUUUCGUACGGAGAGCGCGGAGAGUAUCGAGGAGGGCGGACGGGUGGCCGUCGAGCUGGGGCCUGUGUCGGGCGUAGGGAUUGGAAUGGGAGUGGAUACGGGGAGGACAAGAAUGAGGGCGGGCAAAGGCGCGAGCAGGCGGAAGUUCGACUAG